CAUCCAUGGUAUGCCUCAAAUCCCACCCCUCUUAAACUCGAUUGGACUAGGUCAUCAUGUUUCUCCUUCUAAUGCACGCGAUUGGCUAAAAUAACUGCCCAUAACCGCCCCCACGAAACUGUAAAGAUUCUGGUUAGGUUGUUACCGAGCUUUGCAUUCAACUUGUUAAAAAAUAGGAGAAUUGGUACAUUUGGGAUCUCUCAGCCGUUUAAGAAAAGUUAACAGAUAUACAAUGCCGGUGCAUUCGAGGGAGAAGAAGGAGAGUAACCAUGAAGAAAUGGAGGUCGAUUACCCGGAGCACGACGGCAGCAGCUCCGACGAAGAGGACACAGAGAGCUCUUCAGUUUCGGAAGAUGGAGACAGUUCAGAGAUGGAUGAUGAAGACUGCGAAAGGAGAAGAGUUGAAUGCUUAGACGAAAUGACUAACCUAGAGAAACAGUUUACAGAUCUGAAAGACCAGCUUUAUAAGGAACGACUCAGUCAGGUGGAUGCCAAGUUACAAGAAGUAAUUGCUGGAAAAGCACAAGAAUACCUGGAGCCAUUGGCCACUCUACAGGACAACAUGCAGAUUAGAAGUAAAGUGGCAGGGAUCUAUAGAGAGCUUUCUUUAGAAUCUGUGAAGAACAAGUAUGACUGUGAAAUUCAAGCAGCUUUCCAGCACUGGGAGAGUGAAAAAUUGCUUUUAUUCGACACUGUUCAAAGCGAACUGGAAGAGAAAAUCAGAAGACUUGAAGAAGAUAGGCACAAUAUAGACAUCACUUCAGAAUUAUGGAAUGAUGAAAUCCAGUCAAGGAAGAACAAGAAAAAGGAUCCCUUUAGCCCUGAUAAAAAGAAGAAGCCAAUUGUUGUGUCAGGACCAUAUAUAGUUUACAUGCUGCAAGAUCUUGAUAUACUUGAAGACUGGACCGCGAUUAGAAAGGCCAUGGCUACAUUGGGACCCCACAGAGUAAAACCAGAAACUUCUACAAAAGGUGAAAAACAUCAGCACAGUGCCCGAUCAGAAGAGGGGAGGUUAUUUUAUGAUGGAGAGUGGUACAGCCGUGGGCAAACGAUAUGCAUUGACAAGAAAGAUGAAUAUCCUACAAGUGCCAUAAUAACCACCAUAAAUCACGAUGAAGUCUGGUUCAAAAGACUGGAUGGCAGCAAGUCUAAGCUAUAUAUUUCCCAGCUUCAGAAAGGAAAAUACACCAUAAAACACUCCUAGUCGUCCUUUUUUCCGUCACGUAAUUCUAAGGAGUAUAAACUGGUGCCAUAAAAUGUAUCGCACAUUUUUUAUAUAUAUAUAUAUCUAGGUCUCAAUUCUUUUCAUUGCUUAAAGCUAGUAGAUUUUUUGUUCUCCAUAAUGUAUACUGUGUAUAUUGUAUAUACUGUUACUCCAGGUGCCAUGGAUAAUUGCAUUUAAAGUGUUUUUGUUCUUUUUUUUUAUUUUUGUGACUUGCCGUCUUUCCCCCUCCCUGGAGGAAAUCAGAGGUGCUGCCAAUAGUAGUGAUCAGUUUAAUCUGGGUGCUGAAAGAAUUCCAGAGCGGUAUUUUCACGACCAUGCAGCGUUUUGGAAAGGGUUGUCAACAGGUUUAAGAUGGAUACCACACAGGGCUCCAAACAGGAACAAAUAUCCGCAUUUUGUCCUUUUGAACAUGGGUAUAUAAAACAGCCUCGAUCGUAAGCCGAUAUGAUAAUAGCUGAUGUAUAUUACUCUGCAGGCUUAGCCAAUUUAUAUCAUUUUAAAAGGUUAAUUGGGUAGAAGUUAAUGCUUAUUUUAAAGUUUUGGGAAUGGUUGUUAAGGACGUACCUGAGCACUUUAGCUUUGUUUCUACUACCCAACACUGUACUGGAAUCCAUUGUUCAUGGCUCUGCUGAUCUUUGUGUUUUACAUUGUAGAUGGAACCAUGUUUAAUGGUGGGUUAAAUGAGAAUGGUGCCUUAAGGAGGAGAGUGGUCUGGCAUGCAUUUGAGCACUUAACGGUUAUUGGUGGAAAUAAAGCUUUAGUCACCUUUGUGACAGUUCUCUGCUGAUAUGAUUCCUGCCAAAACCUUGUCUCUGACUGCUUCACCAGGUGUGAAUAUGGGCCCUGCUGCCCCCAGUAACCCACUCUCCUCACUGCAGAGCACCGAGAUUUAACCACCUCACCAGGAACUGUUGCUCUAUUUACCUCAUUGAUUACUGCUGCUAUCAUGGUUUCACAUGAGUAUUUUUCUUUUUUUCCUGCCACUAUUCACCUACAGGAAGGAAGUCAUGAUGAUCAGUGUUUUUUCUACAGACAAAUAUAUAUAUAUUACUGUGUUAGAUAAACAAUUAGGAUUUCAUGUAGUGUUUCUAUAUUUUCAUGAAGGUAGAGGUGACUAUUCCUGUGCUGCAAUUUGAGAAAGUAAAGAGGAAAAUCUGACAAAUUCCAUUUAAGUUUACUGAAGGUUUGCAUUUAAAUAAUGUCUGUCUAAAAUUUGAUGUUACAAAAUAAAUAUAUAAUUAGAUAUGACAUUGGAGACACAUUCAAUCCCAGUGUUAAUGGAAGCAAGUUCCACUAAAAACCUGCAGUAUAAGCCUACCUCUGAAGAAGACUCCUCAGAAUGGCAGUUUUGUGGAAUAAGAAUUGCCAGAUUACAUUGCUGCUGUCCACAAAACAGUGCUGACGGUGUGUAAAUAUAUUGCUUUUGUACUGCCUUCUUGUUACGGGGAGGGCUUAACAUCUCGUAAAUACAUAUUUAGUUUAUGCAUAAUUAAAUAGUGACUAUUAUAUGUAAUUAUUUUCAGUGUAAUAUGCUUCGUUUAAAAUACGAAGCAACAGCUCUCCAAAUACAAGUGUAUACUGUAUUUCUUAUGUACUGUAAACUGAAAAGUACAGUAGAAUUAAAUAUAAAAGGGAUAAAACAAAAGCGUGUUUAUUUUUAAUGUUGAUAAAUAACUAUUGUAGUUAUGUUGUGUUAAAGAUUUUAGAAUGGAAAAUUAUAACAAUAUGCAGCAAUGUAUUGUUCCAGAUGGACAAUAUUGAAUGACUUGCAGGAAGAUGAUUGUUAACAGUAGACUAUUGUGUUAUAAGACCAUACUUGCAUCAUGCUAUGAAUUUGUACAUACAAUAAAUAAUGUGCUGCCAUUCAAGGAUGCUGUCUAAUUAAAAGCAAGCUCAUGUUCACCAUUCA